UCGAAAAGGUAAAAGAUAUCAUACAUAUAAGUACUUUUUAUAAUUGUUAUUAUUCUAUAUAUUAUGCUAUAAAUCAUACUGUUUCCGUAAUUUUACAAACAUCUUACUCUAUACAAGCAUUUUACAUUCCAAAAAUAUAUUAAAAUAUUUUUAAAUGUACAAAACUUAACUAUUGAUUAAUUAUAACUGGGCUACCAUGAACGUACAUUUGAGAUAUCUCAUAUAAUAUAUCUGACAAAGAAUAAUAUUAGGAGUAAAGAAAAAGAACCAAGUUAGAGGAAAUAAAAGGAAAUAAACAUUGAAACUUAAGGAAAGUGAGAAUUAUUGAAUAGUCUUGUUGCGACUGUUAAUGUCAAUAUUGUUAGUUGCACUUGUCAAUCGCAUUUUUACUUAAAUACGUUUGAAAUAUUUCAAAUACUUUAUCUGGAUUACUCACGUAUAUAAAAAAAUGUUUAACGUUGAAAGUACAAAUUCUUUAAGAUGUAUCAUACAUCGAAUAAUUGUUUUGUAUGGGUUGCAUUCGUAGAUCAUUUGCGUGGAUGUGUUUACUGACAGACAGAAUUUCUUAUUUAUAACGAUAGUAAUUUAACUCGUAGUUACAUAGUUUUAUCUUAGUUCUUACAUAUAAAUAUAUCAGAUACGGUUAUCGUUGUUAGUUUAAAGCGAUUCGUUGAGAGAGAAAAUGAUACGAUCCUCAAAUUAUAUUUCCUAGUGAAUUAUUUAUUGAAGAAACAUUUUCAAUGCAAAUUCGGCAAACAUAACUAGGUACCUUGCAUGAAAAGCUAAAAGCGUCAUGUUCAGCUUUUAAGUUAUAUGCGUUUCAAUUCGCAAUAUACAUCGUAAUAUAUUUUAUGACAAUGCAAGUAAAUAUUGCAUUAUUUAUAAGUGAAUUGGAAUGUAAUUGUACAAUCUGCACUACAGUUAUAACGUGUGACCACUGCUAAAAUUCAGAAUUAAAAUUGUCAGUCAUACACAAGAAUUAAUUAACUGUAACAUCGACUUAUUUUUAUGCAGACGUUAUUGGAAACAAAAAUGAGGUCAAUAAUAUUUCUUGGAAUCGUUCUGAUAUUUACCGUCGCGGUCGCUAAUGGAAUGCUUUCCAGGAAUAUAAUAAAUUGCUCGUCUGUUUCUGAGAAUUUAAACAUCUCUGAAGUAAUGCCAUUAAGAUACGAUGUUAGAAUAAUAGUAAGGCCACGUCAAAGAAUAUUGUCAGGUAUUCUGAAUGUCUUGAUUGACGUCAAGAAAUCAACGUGGAACAUAAGCUUACAUGCAGUAUCGACACGCGGCUACAAUGCAACAGCUGAACCAGAACGUGCACCUUAUAAACUUUUCGAAUUCCAAUAUUGUGACAAAAAGAAUGUUUUAAUUUUGAAGUUUAACAAAAUACUAAGUAAAGGAAAAUAUUGGUUAACACUAGCAUAUACAUCCGUUAUAAAUCGUUAUAUCGAGAACGUCUUUUAUCCAACUACUUGGACUAGCGAAAAUCAGACAUGGUUGCUCACAAAUCUCUACACACCACACGCGAUACGAGGAUUCUUUCCAUGCUGGGACGAUCCGAGAGUAAAAGCAACUUACAACAUCUCCGUCCAAUAUCCUUCAGAUUACACAGUUCUUUCAACAAUACCCCAAAAAUAUUUUUUCUAUGUAGAGCCACCGACACAAUUUGGCAUAAUAUUGAUACAGUUCAAAGAAUUCGUUUUGAUGCCCACUCAUCUGAUAGCAUUUUUGAUAGUCGGUGAUAUCAUGAUAGAUUAUAAUAAACGCGAUAUCCAUUAUAUGUGGCACAAAAUAGAUGCGGGUAAGAGAUUCACUUAUAUACUAGAAAUAGCAGAAAUGGUAACAUCUCAUUUUAUUACUGACAUGAAAAUAAACUCAUCGGUCAUCUCUCCAAGAAUUGACCAUGUCGUACUUCCAAGUGGUCCUAUGAAGUCAAUGGGUGUACCCGGACUUGUCGCUUACAGGGAAAAAGAUAUUAUUUUCGACGAAGCUUUAAAUUCUACCGGUCAAUAUCUUGACAUUAAAAUGUUAAUAGCAUACGAAAUGGCGCGGCAAGUUUUCGUCGGUGUUGUCAGCCAGAAUUCAAGUGAUGAUUAUGUGUGGUUGAAUGAGAUGUUUGCAUCAUUUUUCGGCUAUUAUAUCACAAACAAGGUAUGGACGCCACAUCGAAUAAUGGAGCUGUUCGUAGUUAAAAUUAUUCAGCCCGCUUUAGAUAGUGACACGUUUUUAGAGAGAGAACCUAUUAUAAACAAGGCUAAGAAUAGCAAUGGAAUUGAUGCAUUACUUUAUCCUCUCUUAUAUCAUAAGAAAGCCUUCGCUCUAAUUCGCAUGCUGUUCAAACUUUACAAUCCUGAAGUUUUCAUAGAGGCCAUUAGAAGAUAUGUAAAUGAACGUACGAAGGACGUGUGGACUAUAUUGGAAGAAGUUCAUUCUCUAAAAUUCGAAAGCAACUAUACGGUAAAAGACAUUAUGAAUACUUGGUUAACUACAAAACAUCACCCAGAACUGUUCAUCCAACGUGAUUAUGUGAAACGGACUGCAGCUUGCAUUUCAUCGCGCCCAUUUAUUAAGAGUAAUCCCGAAUGGAUAAUACCUGUCAAUUACAUUACGGAAUCUAGUUAUGAGUCCUACAAUAUCUCGGAGGUUCUUUGGCUUAAAUGGGGUAAAGUGAAAAGUAUUACUUCCCUAAAUAAGGAUGAUUUUCUUAUAGUUAACGUAGAAGAGUUAGGUUACUAUCGUGUUAACUACGACACCAAAAAUUGGUUAAUGAUAUCGACUUACUUACAAAAAAAGAAUUUCUCACAUAUACCUCCCAUUAAUCGCGCCCAACUCAUAAAUGAUGCGUAUUAUUUCACAACAACAAAUCAAUUAGGAUCUUAUGUCUUCGUCAAUAUUACUAGGCAUCUAAAGAUGGAUACAGAUUUUAUAGUGUGGUAUCCUAUGUUUAACAUUUUUUCGCAUAUGUCACUUUAUUUUAAAUUUUCUGAGAGUAAUCGUAUCAAGGAACAUUUUUUGGAAAUUCUGGAUGGAGUAAUUACGAGGUUAGGAUACGAUGACAAUUUUGGAGAUGAUGCCAUGAGGAAAUCGUUGAGACAUUUAGUACGGAAGUGGGCCUGUAAAUUUGGUCACCAGGACUGUCGAACUGCCGCAUACCAGAGUUUGAUGCUUUAUAUAUAUUAUGGGGAUGAACUGUACAAAAUCCCGGCAUUAUUGAAGGAAUGGAUAUUAUGUGAUGGAUUAAAGUUGGAAGACCCAAAUAUAUGGAACUAUGUAUUGAAUAAAAGUAUAAGUUACAAAAACAUGGAGCUCCUAAAGUAUUUGUCAUGUACAGAAAAUACUUCGAUCAUCGUGCAUUACUUAACUUUGAUGAUACGAACAAAUUAUUUCUCGGAAAUGGAGCAACAUAUGGGACCAAUAUGUCGUGAGAUUGUGAAAAAACAUGUUAGGAGAAGUCCUGUGCUAAAUUUUGUAAUUGACAAUUUUGAUAUAAUACAGAGCAGAUUUCAGCAAGAUUUCCCUCCUGGCGUUUUAUUAAAUGAUAUACUUAUGAAUGUAUAUUCGAUAAAAGACGUUGAUAUGUUACAUGAACUGGCAGAUAAAAUUUUUUCUGGGAAUACGGAGAAUUUUCAUGAAUCACUUACAACAUUAACAUACCAACGGAAAAAAUAUCUAAGGAAAGUGUUGAGUAAGUUUCAAAUGUUUCAUCGUCAAGUUUAUUAAGGCCGCUACAGUUUCCCGGAUCUUUGAACAAAUCGACACUAUGUGGAAUAAUUUGAAAUAAUCGCCAUACAAUUGCAAUUAUCGUUUAAAAUCCGUUUCCAUAGCGACAAACAAUUUUGAAUAUUAAAUUUGCUAAAAUGUGGUAUGUGAGUUACCUUUGACGCUUAUAUAAAGUCUAACAGAUCUGACAUGAAAUAAGACACAUCCUUUUACUAUUUAUAUAAUAGAUGAAUGAUUGUUCAUUACGUUGAGAGAUAUCUAUUAAUAAUAUAUAAUGAGCAGAUAUAUUAAUAAAUAAACAAGAAUUGUGAUAGAAAAAGAACUGGUAUAUACGUGCAUUGUAACUGCAGACCUACGUAUGUAUUGUAAUUGUAUUGAAAUUGUCUUUUGGUUAUUAUUAUUUAAUAAACUCUUCUGCAACAGCU